GCCACCGCUACCUGUCCUGCUCAUCUGGACAAUGUGGGACAUCUAUGGAAGUAAACACCUUUCCGUACCAGCUCCAUCGCGGCCCGCCAAAGACGACGUGGACUCAGAGAACCUGGAAGGGAGGCAUCCCAACACCCACGCCGCCGUCGAACCCAACAUAGCUUCACAAUCUUCCGACAAACCCCAUCGAACGAUAUUCACGAACAGAAGACGAAACUACGAGCUCAUUUGCACAUCAUGCAGCGUCCACAAACCUACGGGCAGUCGCCCCCCUUGCACCACCCCGUACCCCAGCAUGUCUCUACAGUUCCGCAGUUGCGCUCGCCCCCUCCUCCCGUGUCGCAAUCGCAAUCGCAACAAGGCUAUGGUGGCAGUCCCUACCAACAGCAAGGCGGUACGAGUGGGAACGUAUUCGGCGCAUACGGACAGUUUAUGAAUGAUCCCACGGCGCAAGUGGCAGCGCAGUUUGGCCAGACGGCUUUCAAGCAUGGCCAGGAGUACAUGGAGCAAAACUUCAACCGAUACGUUAACGUCAACGCCCUGAAGCACUACUUCAACGUUUCCAACUCCUACGUCAUCAACAAAAUAGUCCUCGUCCUCUUCCCUUGGAGGCACAAGCCAUGGUCGCGCAAGCAGUCCGUCGGGCCUAGCGGACAGGAGGGAUGGUACCUCCCUCCCCGAGACGACAUCAACAGCCCCGAUAUGUACAUUCCCGUCAUGGCUGUCGUCACGUACAUCCUUCUCUCUACGCUCCUUGCCGGUCUCCGCGGCCAGUUCCAGCCAGAACUUCUCGGAUACACAGCGUCGACGGCCCUAGUAAUAGUCAUGGCAGAGAUCCUCGGUCUCAAACUGGGCUGCUACUUGUUGGGCAUCUCGAACGAUUCGCAGCUUUACGACCUGAUCGCGUACUCCGGCUACAAGUUCGUCGGCAUCAUCGUCACCGUUACUGUAGCCGAGAUCUUGAACGGUGGCAAGGGUACCGGUGGGUGGAUUGGCUGGGGCGUGUUCCUCUACACUUUCCUGGCCAAUUCGCUGUUCUUGGUAUGUCCUCGUACAAGUCACCGCGUGAUACAAGAGAUUAACAUUCCCAUUAGAUGCGUUCGCUCAAGUACGUUCUGCUCCCUGAAAACGCAGCCAACGGUGCCGGCCCUAUGCAGACUGGCGAUUCCCGAGCCAAGCGAAACCAGAGGACCCAGUUCCUCUUCUUCUACUCCUACAUUGUCCAGCUACUUUUCAUGUGGAUCCUGUCGAGGCCUUGAACCAUCAUUACGACACUUUCAAGUUUACGCCAAAAGCACCCUUCUAUAGAAAAAGGUCAACAUGAAAAAGGAGUCCGAGAGUAGGUGGGGAUGCGCUUGCUAGGUGGUCAGACACAAGGAAGGGAUGGCCGGUUGGGGUCAGCUUUUGUGAUGUGCGAAUUUAUCGGACAGUCAUAGAUGAAUUGUACGAUACAACAACGACGCGUCGUCCUAGCCGCUUGCGUUGUUUGUUGUGAAGAGUCCCUAUCAUAUUGGGGGGCUGGGUAUACAGUAGCCGAAGAUGAAGCUCUAUCCCUGUACUAUAGGACCAGUCGGAGCUUGUCACAAGGGGCAAUCCACGAGCAUGAGACGACGAGGGGCACGCGAAUAAAACAAACAUUAGAAACCUGUAUUGUAGUACCUACCUUACCAGUGCAUUGAAGAUUGCGG